AUGCUGUUGUUCCCCUGCUCGUCAUCUUGCACUGACGAGUGCAGCAGCAGAGGAGAUGGCGAAUGGGUUGCUUGCUGGCCGGAAUCGCAGGGCGAUUCUGUGAUUGAGCUGCAUCCUCCUCGUGCGGCAGUGGAGCCUGAGGAGUAUCUGCAGGUAUCCAAUUUGCCCGCACAUGGUGUGCCUCCGCCUCCGCCGGACCAGAGCUGUCACAGCUUAUCCCAAAGCUCAAACAAAUGGGAUCGCAAUGAUCGCAGCCUCAGCCGACAAGCCACUGCCGUUGUAGGCUUCAAUGAGAUUGCGAAGGAGAACAGCCAAGAAGAGAUCGAAGAUGAUGCCAACUGCUUGCCUCAUAUUCUUAGACGAUCUGAUGCCAUGAGCGAGCUGGACCUUUUGGCUGCAGUCGAAGAGAAGCAGGUGGGUGCGCGGCUUACAGCAGCAUUGUCCAAGGCUUUCUCCAGGCUGACCUUGGGAAGCAGUUGCCUUCGAGUGAGCAGUGCCCUUCUUGAUUGCGACCGAGACAAGGUGCUGCGCGAGGCCAUCUUUGGAGACUACUUGGCAGCUGAUGGGUCUGUGGAUGCAGCAGCUUGGUACCGACAUGUGCAGAAUGAGCUUCUGCCACAGCGACCUGUGAAGAGCGGUGGAACAUCUGCGACGAUGUUGCGGCAGCGACAGGACCUUUUGAAGGACGUUCUGGAGGACACAAAUCUUCCACAUGGCUGCGGGGAAGUCGCAGAACUUGAGCGCCCGUUGUCUGAGUACUGGAUCAAUUCCAGCCACAACUCGUACUUGCAGGGCAAUCAGCUCACGAGCACAUCAUCUACAAACGCAAUUUCGAGCCUGCUGCACAAUGGCUGUCGUGUCGUGGAGCUCGACGUAUACGAUGGAGCAAAAUACGGCAUGCAAGGCCCAUGUGUGCUGCACGGCGGCACCGCCACAACUGCUGUGUUGUUCGAAGCCUGCCUGGAGGCGAUUCGGGACGCGGCUUUCGAGACUUCCCACUGCCCAGUCAUCAUCACCUUGGAGAACUACUUGUCCCCGGAGGGUCAAAGGGACUGUGCGGGUCUUCUUCAGCGAGUGCUUGGAGAUGCGCUCUACGUACCUUCAGAGAUGGAAGACUGGCCAUCUCCAGGAGAGCUUCACGACCGCUUCCUGCUUCGAGACAAGUCUUGGCGACUGGAGGAGACUUCUUCUCCGGAGCAGAUACCGGGGCGACAACCAGUGAGGGUUGCUGAGCUUCACCAGCUUAUCUCCAUUGGCAAUGUGAAGUUCCACAGCUUUAAGUUGAGCGCGGAGUGGGCCCGGACAAGCUCUUCCUUCUCGGAGAUCAAACUUUCGCAGAUUCUCUCGAAGUUUGGUGUUCAAGCCAUGCGAAGGUAUACCUCUCGGCAUAUUGCGCGGAUAUAUCCUGCGGGUUAUCGCGUUGACUCCUCCAACUAUGACCCCCAGGAUGCAUGGGAAGCUGGAUGCCAGCUUGUGGCAUUGAAUGGCCAGAAGAGCGUCUUCUUCCAUCCACAUGCAGCCUGGCUCAACGCGGGCAAAUUCCGAGGGAAUGGAGGAUGUGGAUACAUUCCAAAGCCGCCUCACCUACUUGGGCGGUCCGGGAGGCCAGAACCGCACAGGUUGGCUGUCACCGUGCUUGGCGGAGAUGGCUGGGAGGCAUUUCGGGACUUCGACCUCAUUGGGCCUCCAGACUCUUAUGUCUGUGUCGAGAUUGCGGGCACGGCCGCUGACCGGAAGAUCGAGACAACCUCGGUGUACACGGCAAGAGCUCGAACCGGCAGCAAGGCUCAGCCCAUCUGGAAGCAGCGCUUCGAGUUUGACAUCACGGAUGCAUCGCUUGCUGUCAUGAUGCUUAUGGCCUGGGAUCAAGACGUUGACUUCGACGACCUCCUCGGCCAGUACGCAUUCCCGCUUACAGAGCUCAGACCUGGAUGGCGCCGUGUGCCGCUUCUCAGCAGUAGUGGCGAAGUGCAAGAUGGAAACCCUGCUCUAAUUUGUCGCUUCGAAUUUAUUUAA